GCCACGGGCCUUCAGGUGCUCCUCUUGGCAGCGCUGGCCACGCCAGGCGAGUGGCCUGAGUCCGCGGAGGCGCCCUCUUCUCUGGAGGCUACAAGCGAGAUCCUGGGGACCCCAGGUGGUGGAGGGAUUUUCCUCCUACUCUGGCGACCGUGCUUUACCCCUAACUCUGAUCUCUGCCCAGGCACUGAAAGACUGGAAGGGUGUAGCAGGCCCUUUACGCGUGGCCUCAAAUGUUAUCAGGAUUCUGGAUGACCCGUUUCCUUCUGAAGCUACAAAGCGAGGACACCCAGAGAACUUUGGUUGAUUUAAGACCCUCCCUCCCCUAGGCCCAGGAUGGGGUGUUGCCCUUGGCGGUGGACAGUGACUGUCCUGACCUCUAACCUGAGUGCUCCUGGAUAUAGCAGCCCCUACACAUCCCCUCUGAUUGGAGUUGAUCAAAAACUGUCAAGCUCACCGGCUUGAACCUUGCUCUUUGGUACCGCCCCCUUCUGUGGUUUUGGGCCUCUGAGAGGCCUCUACAUGGCUAUGCUCAGGGCCCCCCUCAGUUUUCAGGGUAUGAGAUGUCCCAAGCAGAAUAGAUCCCUGGAGCCCUCACCCCCGCCCCCAGUAUGCUUUGUGGCUUCAGCCUGGCAGGCUCUGGAGCUUGGGCCAGUAUUGGCCAUAACUUAUUUAGCUGAAGUGGGUUCCUAGGCAAGGAACCAAGAAGUUGGGAAUAGCAGAAAUGGUGGCCUGCUAGCCUGUGGUGGCUCAGGGACUGAACCAGUGCUUCCAUCUGGGUGGAGGGGCCCUGACUACACAGAAGGCUGAGAAGACAGGCAGGUAGGAUGGCUGAGCAAGCAUGGGGACCAAAAUGGAGUUCCAGGGGGGUCUUAACUUUGCCCACAAGAGAUGGAUGCAUGUGGUGAGGAAGUGGCCUUCAACACCCACAUUGGCUUUCUUCUGUGUCCAUGCAGAGGUCGUCAAGGGUGCCCAUCUGGGUAAGUUAGUAUCACAUGUUAUCUGGAUGGGCAGGGGCCAGGGACCUGAGGAGAAGGUGUCCCUGAGGCAUCAUGGUGUGGCUGCCAGCAACCAUUACUGUUGUUAAUUGUCCCCCAAGAGGGAUAUUGUCAAUCUCCUUCCUAUUGCAUAGGCCUUUUCUGAACACAGGCUCCACCUGAUCCUUUGCACACUGUGGUACUAUGUGUCUAGAUGAGGGUGAGGUGAGUGUGUCAAAUGUAGCAAGAGUUUCAACUCUUUCCACACUGUUCAUGCCUUCUGGGUUAUUUGGAGAGACCUUGUCUGUGCAAACCCCCUUCCCUGAGUUAGAAGUCUCCAUUACUUUUUGAUGUGAUAGAUAAAGGAGGCCAAGGCUAGAGAGGCCUAUUGUGGGCCUCUAGGAUAGCCCCAGUGAAAGUCCUGGGUUGGGCCCAUUCAGUUCAUAGAUCUGUGCACUUGCUCUAUAGAGAUGACUGAAUCCUUCUGUGUUGGAGGAGGCCGCCGGCUUCAAGGGUCCAGCAAAAGUGGAUCUGGAAAGGGUGGCAGCCGGAAGGAGGUCCAGCUUCCCAUGUUGCAGGACCCACCAAAGCUGGGUAUGCCAGUGGUCCACAGUGGACAUACAGUCCCUAGCCAGGCCUCACUCUGCUUUGACCCCGGAAACACUGCCAGUGACAGGACAGAAGGGAAGAAAAAAGGGAGGCCGAAAGCUGAGAACCACGCUCUCCGAGAUAUUCCUCUCUCCCUGAUGAACCAGUGGAAAGAUGAAUUCAAGGCACACUCAAGGGUGAAGUGUCCAAACUCAGGGUGCUGGCUAGAGUUCCCCAGCAUCUACGGGCUCAAGUACCACUAUCAGCGGUGCCAAGGGGUAAGGGGCUGUGGGUCGGGGAAGAGGAGGCCUGGGAGUGCAUCUGGGCAGAGGCCCCCGGGGCCCCAUCCCACACCUACCCUCCCUGCCCAGGGUGCUAUCUCAGAUAGGCUGGCCUUCCCUUGCCCCUUCUGCGAGGCCGCAUUCACCUCCAAGACCCAGCUGGAGAAGCACCGGAUUUGGAAUCACAUGGACCAUCCCCUGCCUGCCCCUAAGCCUGGCCCAGUCAGCCGACCGGUCACCAUCAACCGGCCUGUUGGGGUCAGCAAGCCCAUCGGAGUGAGCAAACCUGUUACUGUUGGCAAACCAGUGGGAGUCAGCAAACCCAUUGGCAUCAGUAAGCCAGUCACAGUCAGCAGGCCUAUGCCAGUCACCAAGCCUGUCACAGUCAGUAGGCCCAUGCCAGUCGCUAGGCCUGUGCCAGUCACCAAGCCCAUCCCAAUCACCAAACCUGUGCCACUCACCAAACACAUGCCGGUCACCAAGCUUGUGACAGUUACAAAACCUGUGCCACUCACCAAGCCAGUACCAGUCAGCAGGCCCAUUGUGGUCAGCAAGCCAGUGCCGGUCAGCAGGCCCAUUGCCAUCAGCAGACACACACCACCCUGCAAAAUGGUAUUGCUGACCAAAUCUGAGAACAAAACACCUCGUGCUACAGGCAAGAACAGCAAUAAAAAAAGGGCUGCAGAGAGUUUGGACACCUGCCCCAUCCUGCCCAAGCAGGCAAGGCCAGAGAAUGGAGAGUAUGGCCCAUCCACCAUGGGCCAGAGUGUGACUUUCCAGCUGGGUACAGAUCCCAGCAACAGCUCCCUACUGCCAGGAAGUAGGCCUUUAAUGGGCAAAGAGGCACUUCAGCCUGCAGACCCAACGUCCCAGCCAGAGGAGGACCCAGAGCGCACAAAGCACAGAAGGAAACAGAAAACACCCAAGAAAUUCACAGGGGAGCAGCCAUCUAUCUCAGGGACCUUUGGGCUCAAAGGCCUGGCCAAAGCUGAGGACAAGGCCCGAGUUCAUCGCUCCAAGAAACAAGAAGGAUCAGGCUCUGAGGAAGUGCGGAAGAAGGUGCUGGCCACCCCUGUCACUGUCAGCAAGGAGGCACCAGCUCCUGUGGCCCACCCAGCCCCAGGUGGCCCUGAGGAGCAGUGGCAGCGAGCCAUCCAUGAACGGGGGGAGGCUGUCUGCCCCACCUGCAAUGUGGUUACCCGGAAGACCCUCGUGGGGCUCAAAAAACACAUGGAAGUAUGUCAUAAGUUGCAGGAAGCACUCAAAUGCCAGCACUGCCGGAAACAGUUCAAGUCCAAGGCUGGUCUCAAUUACCACACCAUGGCUGAACACAGUGCCAAGCCCACUGAUGCUGAGGCCUCUGAAGGGGGAGAACAGGAGGAGCGAGAGAGGCUUCGAAAGGUGCUGAAGCAGAUGGGACGCCUACGUUGCCCCCAGGAGGGCUGCGGAGCCGCCUUCUCCAGCCUCAUGGGUUAUCAGUAUCACCAGCGGCGCUGUGGGAAGCCAGCAUGUGAGGUAGACAGUCCCUCCUUUCCCUGUACCCACUGUGGCAAGACUUACCGAUCCAAGGCUGGCCAUGACUAUCAUGUGCGUUCAGAGCAUACAGCCCCGCCCCCUGAGGAGCCCACAGACAAAAUCCCUGAGGCUGAGGACCUGCUUGGAGUAGAACGGACCCCAAGUGGUCGCAUCCGUCGCACAUCGGCCCAGGUUGCCGUGUUCCAUCUACAGGAGAUUGCAGAGGAUGAGCUGGCCCGUGACUGGACCAAACGGCGCAUGAAGGAUGACCUUGUGCCUGAGACUGCACGGCUCAACUAUACUCGGCCAGGCCUCCCUACACUUAACCCUCAGCUGCUGGAGGCAUGGAAGAAUGAAGUCAAGGAGAAAGGCCAUGUGAACUGUCCCAAUGAUUGCUGUGAAGCCAUCUACUCCAGUGUGUCCGGCCUCAAGGCCCAUCUUGCCAGCUGCAGCAAGGGGGACCACCUGGUGGGGAAGUACCGCUGCCUGCUAUGUCCCAAAGAGUUCAGCUCUGAGAGCGGUGUCAAGUAUCACAUCCUUAAGACCCAUGCAGAGAAUUGGUUCCGGACCUCAGCUGACCCACCUCCCAAACACAAGAGCCAGAACUCCUUGAUGCCUAGGAAAGAGAAGAAGAAAAGUCUGUCGGGAGGAAAGAAGCGGGGCCGUAAGCCCAAGGAACGGGCCCCUGAGGAGCCAGCAUCUAAGCUGCCACCAAACAGGGAUGACUGGCCCCCAGGAGGCAGGGACAAGGGGGCCCGAGGCUCUACUGGGAAGAAGGCUGGAGCUGGGAAGGCACCUGAAAAGUGAGCCUAGUGGGCAGGGCCUAGCCACCAUGCCCAACUUUGUCCAGAUUAGGGGAGCCAGUUCCAGACCUGUCCUCCACCUCCACACACAUACCCAUCUGUCCAGAGGGUUGGCAAACCACUCUGAUCUCCCUGAAAGUGGUCCUUCCUCUGUUUAGGCUGCCUCAUGUGGCUAGGUGGGGCUCCCCAGGAGUGCCAGGGGCAGCAGCAAAAGUGCAAUAGGCUGGGGGCCCAGCCAUCCCUACAAGGACUUUCUUGGGCCUGGCAAAAUCUAGAGCUUUGGUGCCAUGGGGCAUGAAGUGUGCUUGAACAGCCAAAUGGCCCCUAUCUCCACCUCCCUCUGGCCCAGUAGGGUCCCCACUCUGACUCCCUCAAGGCUCAGACAUUCCUGGUGACCCAUAAUUGUGGGCUGAUGAGGCACCUGAGCAGCCUGGCUGCCAUCACUUAGGCCUCACCUCCACCCAACACUGGAUCUCCAGUAACUCCCAGCUACCUCCCAGGACAGACCCUGUCUAGCUACUGCCAUGCUGCCCUGACAGCCACCCACCCAUCUGUCCUCUUGCAUCCACUUAUGACCCCCUUGCUUCUGUUUUCUACCUCUCUGGGCCUACUCCCCUCCUCUGUCAUUUCUGCUGUGUUUCAGGCCUCACCCUACUGACAGGUGUGGUCAUGGUAGAGUAUGUAGCCUUCCAGGCAAGGAAAGAAUUCUGUCUGUUCUACCUUCAGGGAGGCCCAGACCCAUAGCUACCAACCUGAGAGCAAAGGACUAGAAUGCUCCACCUCCAGCCUUUAGUUUCUGAUCUUGUUGGCACCCUGAGGCAUGCCUCCCUGGGACCACAGCCAUGUGAAGCAGAGGCUGGCCAGAAGGAGCCUCUAGCCCAGGAGUAGCGCCUAUGAGAGACUGCUUAUGUCUGCCAUGCUAGGUGGGCCCAUAAACCAAGUUCCAUGGAAGCCCUCUUUUUUUUCCCCCUGCUUUAACUGCUUUCAGUAUCUAGUGGCAGUCAGUCAUUGAUACAGAAACUAAAGGAUAGUGAAAGAUGGGGUCUCAGCCAGUGUAGUGGCUCUAGGCUGGGUCCCACCCCUUUAGGGGCCCUGAGGAUAACAGGGUCUGCAGGUUGGGCAAGGCCUGGAAGAGAGAUCUGGCCUCCUUCCUGGUUCUACUUUCUAACCCUAACCACCACUCUGUGAGCCACACCAGAAGAAGGCUGGAGGGGGUGAGAACAGGCUUUUCCCAGUGUGGGUAGGGGUGGACUUGAGUCCUCUGCUUCUGAUCCUGGACGAUGUGAAUUUUGAUAUUUGCCUGUGUGUGUCUCCUGGAUGUUGUUGAUGGCAGUCUUGUUGCUGUGACAAGUAGCAACCUUUUUUAAAAUUCUGGGGGUUUUUUUUUUGUUUGUUUGUUUUUUCUUUUUUAUACAAAACUCAACAAUUUUAUGUUUUGGUGCUAAGGGUUACCUGGUGCCGAAGGUAGAGCUGGGCUGUAGUACUGACUGGCACCUGCCCCCUAAUCUCAGGGGGAGGAGUUCCAAGGAGAUUUGGGAUGGAGUCUUUUAUACACUCCUAUCUAGGAAAGCUCUGACUCUAGGCAACCCUGGCGUGAUAUGCUGGGGGUAUUGAAUGGACUCUUCAAUUCCUACACACCUUUGACAUGAUCAGAGGGUGGUCACAGAGGUGGGUAAAAUCCAGUGUCAAAGGUCAAAGGGUAGGCUGGGGCUUUUGGGUGGUGGUGUGCAAUUGCAGAAGGGAAUGGGGCCCAAGUGUACUUUCACAACACCUCUGUGGGGUGUGACCAUCCACCUCAGCCUCUCAGGUACUUGGCACUUGAAGGAAGAAGUAGGACCUGGGUUUUGCUGGGGGUUGAGUUUCCAGGACAUGCCUCAAAACCUUGAUAUGGGACUUGGGGUUCUGGUCACUUGAUGUUUAGCACUUUAACUCCUUUGUCUUUGAGGUGGGUGGGGGGCAGCUGUCAAAGGCGGCAGUUGGAUAGGUACCAGCUGGUGGUGGCUGGUAAGGGGUUUUGGCAAGCUAAUCUGUAAAACUCUUCUAAGGUAGUAAGGCCCUCCCUGGGCAGGGUUCAUUAGUCUGCCCACCUUCCUACUCUGGCCCAAAGGUGACUACCAGCCUACACAGACCCUCAGAGGGACCAUCAUGGCAGAUCUCCAGGAGGUGGUGGGCUUGGACUUAGAGGCCCAAACAAACCCUGGGUCCUUGGCAAAAUGCAAAAGUCAGGGUCUCUACAGAUCUACCUCUGGCUCAGCGCUUGCCCUGCCCUAAAAAACAGAAAAGUGCCAAGGGCAGACAUUUCAUGCAGAACCAGGGUGCACUUUAUGUUCCUGCACAGGCAGAUAUUGGUGCCUCCUGGGGGCUUUGGGGCCUUCCUGUCUCCAUAGUGGUUCUGAGGGGAGAGUCAUUCCUGCGUCCCCUGUUGGGUAGAACCCAGGCCCUUUGCCCUGGAGGCCUGGUUUCCCAGGUCACCCCUCAUACCUGACUGCAGCGCCUCCUAAACUUUGGGUUCCUUGGUUUGGUUUUAAUACAGUUCUCAUUACACAAGUGCAUUUCUGGCUAUCACUUGUAACCAUAGAUAUACAUGCAUAUAUAUUCUAUCUACAAAGUGUUUUAUUUGCAAGAUGUUUUUGAGGUGAGCGUGGGUCCUGCCCGCCUUGUGUUCAUCUGUCCCCAUCCUCAUACCCUGGCCCAGAGUGGUGCGGUGGUGGGCCGUCAAUUGUAUGUAUUAAAAUUACUGUAUCAAAUAAAUGUUUAUUGAUUUUUUUUUCCAA